CAAAUGAAUAUUCUCAGUGAAUAAACAAAUGUGAUUCAUGGAGGAGACAUGUUUCUCAGGCAACCGUGGGGCACUUAAAUAAGCGAAGCCAUUCGUUGAGGUGGCUGAACACCAUUUCUCAUUCCUUUCUAUGUAAUGAACUCCAUUCACAGUCUCACAAACUCUCCACGACUCACCCCCAAUGGCCACCCACGGCUUUAUCCUCCAAUCUCUUCCUCAAUACGACGUCGUAACGCCCUCAAGAAACCCCACCACUACCAUCCUCACCACAACAACAAGCCUUCCCCCGAUCCCAAACUCCACAUGGUCGUUGACCUCCACCGUCUUUCCGAUCGAGCUCAAAUACUCCUCAACCGCCUUGUCUCCUCCGGGGCUGACGCCAUCGACGACCUUCGCACACUCGUCGCCGUCGAUCGUGCUACCCAGAGCGUUGUGAUAGCCUGCCGCCCCUCCACGUUGCGUUUCGUGGGGGGUUUCGUUGUCUGGAGCUUAGUGGUUGUUUUUGGUUUUAGGGUUUUGGUGCGAUUAGGGUUAAGGCUUCGGCGCGAGUUUGGGUUUGGGUCGGGCCGGGGUGUGGUGGUGCGGCGGGACCGGAGUUUGGGGGGAAAGGAGGUGGUGGUGGGGAGAGCAGAGGAGAGCGAGUGGAGGAUGAGGAAUCAUUCUAGAGUGUUGGGGAGUCCACUUUCGGUAGUGCCUGGGAUAGGGGUGAAUGGUGGUGAUUGGAGUCCUGGGAGGAGUCGAACGGAGAAGAGACUGCCAAAGUGGUGGCCGGUGACGCUACCGCCGCCGCUUGAGGUGUUUGACAAGCAGGAGUAUCAGAGAGAGGCUAACAGAUUGAUUCGAGAGAUCAUGGCCAAUAGAAUGAGCGGAAAGGACAUAUUGGAAGAUGAUAUGAUUCAAUUGCGUCGAAUAUGCAGGACAUCUGGAGCAAGGGCAUCCAUUGACACAGCCAAUGCACGGGAUUCCUUCUAUCGUACAUCCGUUGAGUUUGUUAUAAACAUUUGCAGCAGGGCUUCAGGUCAGUCUACUUCUGUUGAGAUUGAUGGUGAGGAUGCUCGGCAAUUCAUUGCUGGACUUGCUGAUAAUCUUGGGCUUGAAAACACUCGUGCAGCUAGAAUUGUUUCUGCAUCUGUAGCUGCACGGACACGUUCAUGUUUUUUACAAGCAUGGGCUUUAGAAAUGCAAGGCAGGCAUUCAGAGGCUGUGGUGGAACUGUCAAAGAUAUGUCUCAUUCACCAGAUAUUUCCUCCUGAAGAGUCCUCUCCUGAGAUGGAGAUGGUGGCUCGAGGCCUUGAGAAACAGUUAAAAUAUGAACAGAGGGAAUUUCUGAUGAAUAUGCUUCUUGCGGGGUGUGGUGAAGAGUGUCAUAGAAGUGCAGCAGAAGCUCUUGGACUGCCACUUUCACCUACAAGUACUCACAAUCAACGGGAAAACAAGUAUACAUAACAGUGAAACAGUUCAUUGGACCAAAAUUUUCUGUCUGGGUUUGAAGCAAUUCAAAGGUAGACAGUUCAUUAUUCUUAGCUUCUCACAUUAAAAUUUUACCCAUUGAUCCCAUUAUAACGCCAUGUUAGCAAUCAUAACAAUCCAGGGAAUGAGUUGUAAAAUGUGAAAAUGGUUCCUUUUCUUGGUCAGGAAAUCCUGUUUUAUGUUUGUAUUAUUAAAGAAAUUCUAGUUGUAAUAUAAUAUAAUAGUUGGCUCUACCUUUAAAGUGUACGUGGGUUGUGGAGCAGCAGCAGCUGUUCUCUGGAAUCUUACCUUGCGUCAAAGCAAGCUGAAAGAAGAUGCCAUGCCUUAACAUCAUGAUAACAUGAGGUUACAAAUUCUUACUUAGCUUGGAACUUUGUAAAACUGGAUCCUUAAACUGAGCCAUAAGUGGAAGAUUAUCAGCAUCUGAGGUGAACUCAACCAAAUUGUAGAGGCAAGUGUGAGCCAAAGAUGUAUCAAUGGAUUGUGUCCUCUUAAAGUCUUGCAGGUAUUGAUAUGAAACAUUCUCUACUGCCUUGGCAUUCUGAGA